AUGAAUUUUGUAUCACGUGAUUUUGCUUUGUCCAAAAUGGCGGAUGACUGCAGCGGGACCGAAAGUCAGCUGCUUGGUAAAUUUGUAGAACAACAAACCAAGUAUGGAACUGCAACACGAUUAGUGGCAAAAUCUUCUUUAUUGGUAAAACACAGAGUGAGUCAGUCGGAUACUCUGAUGGGAAUCGCCCUGAAAUAUGGAUCUUCGGUAGAACAAAUUAAAAGAGAAAACAAGUUAUGGACAAAUGACAGUUUGUUUCUAAGAGAGCACCUGUUAAUCCCAAUCACUAAUGAGUUUGCAAGUGACUUACCUAAAAACUGUGAAGUAAUAGAAGUUGACAAUACCCUUAGAUCUCGUUCUAGUAGCUCAGGACUAAAUUCAAACAAUCCUAUCACUGAAAGUGAAAGUGAAAGUACUGACACAAUGAAGAUUGAAAAAAACAAGUCAGAGAAAGAAUUAGAUACCUCUGGACAAGACUUCCUUAGCAAGUUUGACAAUUCAUUUGCUGUUUUAAAAUCCAAUGUGAAGAAAAUGGAACAAAAUACAAGCAACACAGAACGAUCUGAGACUGUGUGUGUUCCCCUCGACAAUAAAUAUGACCUUAGUUCUGUGCUCCCGGACACUGACUGUUAGGUUAGGACAGAUCUAGGUACAAGCUUUUCUGACGACCUCCACAAUCCACUGAUGUGUGCUCCACAAACCACUGCAGCUUCCUCUCACCAUUCUUGGAGUUCCUCCUGCAAUGGGAGCCCGGGCCAGUCAGAAUCUCCAGUGUUA